UAUAAAUACAAGUCUUUGUGUUACUUACCCAAUCUGUGGGCAAGUAGCUAGCCAUGGACUGGUAUUCAUGGCUCUCAAAAACUAAUCUGCACCCAACUUUUGUUUAUGAAUAUGGUCUAGUUUUCACUCAAAAUCAGCUUCAACAAGAGGAUUUACCCUAUUUCAACCAUGAAUUUCUCCAAAGCAUUGGCAUCUGUAUAGCCAAACACAGACUGGAAAUUCUCAAGCUUGCAAGGAAGGAAUUAAAGGGAAGCCUAUAUGGCUUUUCCAGGUUUAUUGUUGCAAUAAACAAAACCAAAAGGCUCUUCUCCAAGAAUAUUGGAAAAUGGGGUUCUCUUCAAAAAGAAUCCGGCCAAAUACCCAUUUCACAGCUCACUCCUUACAGAAUUCAAUGGCCUGAUAAGGAGAAGAAAUUGAAAUCAGGGCCUUUGGACAGAAGAGGGCAAGAAAAGUUCGCGCUGACAAGCAGAAGUCUGAGCAUAUCUGGGCCUUUAGGUGGCAAGAUGCAGGCAAAUUGUACCCCAAUUGUUACUAGGCCCAUAUAUGGAAGGGGAAAAGAGAGGAUGGGAUUUUUCUGUAGAAGCCCAACUGUAUCUGGGCCUAUAGAUGGUUGGGAAUUGAGCCCAGAAGUUAGGUACAGUGAUAAGGGAAUGACUGGGGAUGAACAUGAUGGGGAUCAGUCACUAUGGUCUUUAAUGUUUCAAGAUAUGAAACCAACUUGAAGAGUGUGGGCAAUUUGGAGGUUUAUAAACUUUUGAAAAGAGCUUAAAAGCUGCUUUUCCUUUUUCAUUUUUUUUUUUUCUUUUUCUUUCCUGGCAGUCGCUUUUUACACGCCACCAACGAAAAUCACUUGUGAGUAGCUUUUAAACUCGGUUAAGCAUGAUUCUAGGUUGCAUUUAGUUUUUUCGUGAUAGUACUGCAUUGGUAUUUUGUCCAAAACCACUAGAAGUGUGCGUACAAGGUGAACUAGACAACCUCGUAAGUUGAACUCCAGUACAGACUGUCCUAUCCUUUAUUUUGUGUUUGUAUUACCUUUUAAUGAAAGUGAGCCUCAUUUCAAUACUA